GUAGGUGAGUGAACAUCAUGAGACAUGCUCUCUGUCAAUGAAGCAGUCUGGAGCGCUGACAUCCGUUCAUCUUCCCAUUCCAGUGACAUUGAAAGCGAACAGGGUUCUGCUGCUUUUCCUUAGUGGACCAUACAACAAUACUGAAACUGCAAAGUAAAACUGAAAUAACUGGAUCCGGUUUUAUCGGGGUGUGUUUUGAAGUUUAGAAUAAUGAGAGUGAUUUUUUCUACUAGUUGGAUAUUUCAAGGAUGGAUCACACACUUCAUCCUUGCUCUGUGCUUGCAGUCAGGAUUGGCCAUAAGCUGCCUCCAAUACGAGUAUGAAUACAACGGGAACUGCUGCAGUAAAUGUGAACCAGGAAAAUAUGUUUUUGCACAUUGCACUGGCAGCUUGCACACAAUGUGUCUUGAUUGUGGCCGUGAUGAGUAUCAGCCAGACUGGAACAGAGAGAUGAAAUGUAUUGCUCAGAAGUUCUGUGAUGAAGGUAAAGGAUUUAACCGCACCCGUCCACACAACGCCAUAGCAGCUGAACCCUGUCGGUGCAAACAAGGUUUCCACUGUUCUCUGAUCAACUGCGAGUACUGUGAGGCGAUCAAAAAAUGCCCUGCUGGAGAAGGGGUUGUGAUGGGCGAGACAGGCAGAGCUUCCUGUGUUCCAUGUCAGAAUGGAUUUUUCUCCGAAUCCCAAUCAAUAGAAGCCUGCAAGAAAUGGACAGACUGCAAAGCAAUCGGCAAGACAGUGAAACAGCCAGGAAGCAGUAAGACAGAUAUGGUGUGUGGACUCCAUUCUCCUGGUCCUAUGACACCCUGGGUGGUGGUGGCCAUUCUUUUGGUCAUUAUCAUGGUAUCGCUGGUCAUUCUCUUCCUGUUCUGCUGUAAGGAUAAGCUGAACUUCCUCUCAGUAAAUUUACGCACUUGUGUCCAAAACCUGAAAGGAAGCAGGAAUCAACAGGAAACUGUGAUACCUUCAUACCACUGUAGCAACGGUCCACAGACCUUUCCUCUGAUUUGCCAGGAGAAAAGCCCUCCAGAGUCCCUUAUCAUGUGUCCCAGCACUGCAUUAACCAUCACUGAUGAAACCUCAACUUGCACAGACCAGGAACAAGCUGACUCAUCAUCAGGCAGCUCCAUUGAGGACUCUCGAGAUGGUCCUGCGUCCCCACUGUCAGGCAGCUCCUGCAGCUGUGCGUUUUCCAUGAAGGAACCCAUUGAGGUCGGAGAAAACGAAGACUGCAGUCAACUGGUGGCCACCGGUCUGGCUACAUGCCACUCCUGCAGGACGGGAGAUGCUUUUGACACCAAAGGAGAAAAUGUACAGGUCAUCAACCUGAAAGAGCCUCUGCUAUGUGAGAACUGCUCCUCAGAGGGCCUGCCUGCUUGUGCUGGAAGUGCUGACUGUGAUUAUGUGGAUCUACAACGUUCCCAAGAACUCUAUCUGGACUACAGCAGCCCUGCUGGUAAGGAAGCCAUGUCAGAGAUACCAUAUAGACAGAAUGAACCUUGUUGCUGCAGCAUAGAAUCCACCACCGUUCCCCUCUUGCCGUCAGUCAGUGAUAAUAAGCAGGGCCUUUCGCUGAUCGACAGUGAGGACCUCAAACUGUCCAACCCGGAUGCAGACACAGACUAUCAGAACCAGUGCUCAGAGGCUGCUCCCACAACCGGUCAGGUGACAGGAAACAACAACACUACUUUUAUCUCCAGUGGGCAGGUAAUGAACUUCAGUGGUGAGGUCAUCGUGGUAUACGUCAGUCAGACAUCACUGGGCAGUGGAGGGGGAACAGAAGAGCCCUUUAGUUGUCCAGUUCAGGAGGAAUCUAAUGAGGACAGCUUCCAAAGUGAGCCCAAAUCUAACAUUGGCACAGCACCGCAGGGUAAGAACAGAGCCGUCCACUCUGAGAGACACCUGCCUGUACAGGAAGUAACCAAUGACUGGUCCUGUCAGAAAUAAAGAUGCAAGGAACUACCAGAAUAUUUUCAACUGGACUGGAAUUGAUUUUUUUGUCUUGUUUCUAUUUUUAUGAUUAUUAUUGAUUAAUGAUUGGUGUAUUGACAGCAACUAGAGCAGUGGUUCUAAACUGGUGAGAGGUCGCAGGUCUUUUGUGGUCUGGGUUAUGAAAUAAACAUGCUUAUAAAAUGCUUCCCGACAGGGCCUAAUGCGGGGGGGAGGGGGGAGGGGGAGGGGGGGCCUCAUUUCGCUGUCCGACUGGACGGGACACAAGGAAAACCCCGAUCCCCCCCCCCCACACACACACACACACACUUAGACCCGGCCAUGCUUCCUGUAUCUUUGUCGUUGACAUCAAAGUUUGUGCUUCCAAUCAAAGUCUACAGUGUUUUAAUGUAAAUUAAUCAGCGGCAAUAAAAGACAGCAGCAAAGGUUUUAAAGAUGAUUUUUUUUCUUACUUUAAAUGCAGUGUUACAACCAGUGUUGGGUGCAAUCUUAUUACAAAGUAAUUAAUUACUGCAAUAAAAUUACUUUUUAGUACAAAACGUUGUGUUCAGAUUACAAUUACUGACUUUUACUAUUGAGUUAAUUUAAAUGACUUUUCUAAAAUAAUAGUACAUACAAUAUGUAGAGUACAUUUAUAACAUUGUAUAAAUAUGUACAUAUGUUUGCGUUUCUGUGACAGCUGAAAGGCAUCUGUCCCCUAAUGAGACACUGAACAAAGAGGAAAUAUAGACAUUAUUUUUAAUAUGUUCUGUAAGGUAUUUUUUUUUAUAAAAGUAGUUAGUAAUGCAGUUACUUUUUAGAUUGGUUAUCUGUAAUCUGAUUACAAUUUUACAGUAGUAUUUUUGUAGUGAAUUACUUUUUUUGAGUAACUUAUCCAACACUGGUUACAACGCUAUACAGAAGCACAACGUGGCAUCAGGGGCAACGCCAGUUUCAGCCUCAGAUGGCAUGUCCACGGACCACCCACAAUCCAUGCUCUUACGGUUGUUAGAGCUCCUUUUAUUCUACAACGAUGACGUGAGAAUCAGGUGAAAGCCCCUUAAAUCGCACAUCUGCUGUUGUUAAUGCAGUUGCAUUCAGCCUAUAUUGUCGGGCCUAUGCAGUUAAUGUUAAUAAUAGCCUAAUAAAUUGUGUUUGUUUACUUUUGUAUGAUUAACAAUUUCAGUACGGUUUGUGGCGCCACUUGAUGUCCAUGUAAUAUCUGGGUCCUGAAGCAAAGCUAUUUGAGAACCACUGAACUAGAGUGCUAUUUUAUGAAAAAUGCUAUGCAUUUGUUGAUCUAUGUAUUUAUACCAUAUAAAUUAGGUACUUCAUGUUGUUUUGCAGUCAGCAUUGAGAGGAUAUUAGCAUGGCAAGUGCUAAUAAUUUGAUGACAGUAAAGGUCAAGAACAUUGACCCUAGAAUCUCUCAAUUUCCAACAAACCCUAUGUUGAAGAGCCAAAUAAAUAGUGGCUUGGUGUGACAAGAAACCAAACCUGGGCCAAACACAAUACUAACAAAGCCAGAGAAAGCACAAAUGUGGCCACCAGAACAAACGCAUGGUGUUUUUCACUUUCUCAGCUUGUGCUCCUCUUUUGGACUCCUUUUCUUUGGGGGGGAUUGAGUGAUCGGGCAAUAUCUCAUGGUGGGAACCAUUAUAUGGUGAUUGUUAGAUCUCAAACAAGUUAGCAAGGAAAUUAUCAAUAGUUUCAGUAUGUUGAUUUGCAGUGUCUAUAUAUAUUUUUAUGAAUUAAAACCAUCAUUUGUACAUGUUAAAAUUAUUUUUUGUGUUAUUUAUCGUGCCAUUUUGUGCCGCUAACCUGACAGGUCGGUGUGACUGGAGCAGAAAAAGAAAAUGACAUUAUUUACAAGCAUUAAAUGUAUAUAGUGAUUGAAUUCCAAUGUUCUGAUACACCAGUAGUGAUUUUACAACCAUUACUGUAAAUAAAGCUUAUUUGUAUGAAGCAAUUUUUUUCCCUUAAAUGAAUGUGAUGGAGUGAGAGAGCUAUUUGGUUUAGUGAUAAGAUGUGUUUAUUGCUUGUGCAUAACAUACUGUAUGUGGUAAAACCCCAGUCUUUCAGCAAAUCCGAUGUUGACACAAUACCUUUAAAAAUAGCAGUCAGUUGCUACCAGAUGUCACAAACUUAAUACAAACAUAAGUAUUGUGUUUAGCCACUUGAGGUGAGAAUUUCACCAAAGAGUGCUGGAUGUUUGGAGUUUGAUUGGACAAACAUGGAGAAGGGUUGAGUUUUGCCUGCCAAAACAGGAAGAUAUGACUUGUUCCACUCAAGGAGCCUUCAGGCACAUUUGGUUGCUCUUGACUAACAAUAGAUGUGUAAUUGUCCUGCCAUCUAGUGGACUACUAUUAUAAUUAAAGUCAUUAGAUCAACUGAUUUUGUUUGUUGUACUUAAAUUGCUGUUAAUGCAAAAAU